UCCACCAAUCAGUAAUCGUGGCUCUCGAUUUAAACAACAACUUUCAUGUCAUGGACGGGCAAGCUGCGUUAAAAAUAGUUAUUUUUCUUUCUUAAUGUACUAUUUUUGUGCUUUUUUUAAUUAAAUAGUUGUAGUUUACUCGUGGGGAUAUUCCAUCGUAUAUUUAAGUUUAACUUACUUUGUUAAACAAUAGUUUUUGAAAACGCUUUGAAAAACGAUAACUGUUUGCUAGCUUGCUAAUCUAGCUACAAAGCUAGCAGCACUUCAACUAAGAAAGUGAGCUUUUUCUUUUUCAAAAUAUGCUCUAAUAGUUCGCAUUUAUUAUAGACACGAACUGCAUUAUAAGGACGAACGGAUAUGGCGAAAGAGCGGGCCCAAAAGAAAUCCUACCAGGACAGUCUGGAGGACAUAAAGGAGAGAAUGAAGGAGAAGAGGAAUAAACGGCUGGCGAGUGCGUCUUCCAACAGGGGACGGCCCAGAAACAUAAACAAAAACAGCGGGCCCAGCUCCACUCACACCAUUCUGAUGGGCGUCCAGCUGAACAACAAGGCGCUGGCCGUGGCUCUGGAAGCGGAGAAGGAGAAAGUCCGGCAGGCCAACGCCGUCAUCCUGCAGCUGAAGCGGGAGCAGCAAGCCCUGUUCCUUCACCUGAUUCUGCUCAAAAGGAAGCUGAAGGAGCAGGAAGCCUUUGCAGCUGCAGAGUGUAAAGCUCCAGAUGUCCCUGCUGAGCCACACCAACACAUGGUUUCACCCAAAAAUAAGCGGACCGCUCUCUCGCGGGAUGAGCACACUUUGGAGGAAUCUUCACCAGUUUGUGCAGGUUCCACACCAGGGAAAAAGCCCAGACAUUCGAGCGUGGCCAAAGAGGUGGUGUUGCCUUCCACGGUGGGUGUGCGGCGUCAGCGUGCUGACAGGAGAAGCCGGCGGAGGUCUAAGUGUGUGCAGCAAACCUUUCUAACAGAGACGGACUUGGAAGUUGGCUUUGAGUCGGCUCUGAGUCCCAUCCCCGGUGAAGUGAAAAGCCCGGAUCAAAAGCAGCAACGAGCGGGAAAAGAGACGGUUGAUCCGUGCCGCUCUGAGGCGGUGCAGCACUCCACCCCAGAACCUCCGCCUGCCAAGAGGAGACAGCAGCCUAACAGGAGACAGGCUCAGCCGCCGCCUCCUCGCUCUAAACCAGAACCGGCUCCACAGAAACAAGAGCGAGGCCGCAAACCGGAGCGCGGGCCGUUAAAGAAACCCUGGGAAAAUCCCAAACCCAGAGCCCGCUCCAAAAGCCGCGACCGAUCGGCGGCGAGGGCCAAAGCAGGACACGCACCGCAGAGCAGCAAGCUCAACUCGUCGCUGGGAUUUGACGACACGUUCGACUUUGACUGCAAAGAGGAAGACCACGUCACCCCGUUCAAGGCCAAGCCGGACGACAGCCAGCCGUCCUCACCGACCGGUGAAGCGCCACAAGCUGAAGCUUCAGCCACCAACUCAGACCAGAACACAUCCAGCUCGCCAUCGCAAUCCUCCGAGUCAGACGACAGCCUGUAUGUUCCACAAAGGACUCAGCGGGCGCAAACCACGCCCCCUGACCAGAAGAGAGCCAUCACCACGCGGCGAGGCCGGCUCUCUAAAGCGUUCAGACAGAAAGAAAACAUCCCUCCAAAGCAGGAAUUCUCAGUAUUUAGAGAUGAAGAUUCAAACCCCAAAGCUCCAGAAGCUGAAAGUUGUGAGGAGAAUCCUUCCCCGUUACCUCAAUCAGACUUCUCUGAGAGUCCCAAAGAUCGAAAGAAGCAAAAAGAAAAGCCUCAAAGGGAGCAGAUGGCGGACAGUUUGCUUUCCGUCAGUCCUCUGGUUGAAGCUGAACUGACGAGAAUCGACCACAUCCUGAACAACUAUGGAGACGGCUCUUGUGAAGCUCCAGCUCCCCAAACGCUCAAAGGACUCAAACCAUGUGGGGCUGGUGUCAGGACGGCGGGGCGGGGCUUGAGUCUGUGUGUUGUGACCAAUCUGUCCCCUGCAGCCUACCGCAAGUUCUCCUGCAGCACAAAGCGCUCUUCGGAGGCCAGAUGCUCCACGCCGGUCCCAGCACGCAAGCGGCGCUGCACCCUGACCGUCGACUACAAGGAACCUUCGUUAAACGCGAAACUUCGGCGUGGCGACAAACACACAGACCUGCAGUUCCUGCGCUCUCCUAUUUUCAAGCAGAAGUCUGGGAGAAAAUCAGUGCGGAUGUCCAGGAAAAGCAGCAGCAGCAGCAGCCAGCAAGUGUUCGAGAAAUACAACGAAUCUUUUGUUGGAUGUCGCUGAGACGACUUGUUACGUUUUUUAAUCAUUUAACUGUUUAAGGCGUUUAUAUCUCCUAAAAUUAAGUUUUCACACAUAAUUGUGUGUACUUCAUGCUUUUAAAACUUUUUGCUUCUUCUAUUUUUGUAGCAAAAACGUUUGUAGUUUUGAUGCUAAACAUUAAAAAUGUAUUAAUGUG